AUGGUAUCCAACAAGAACAGAUUAUACAUUGCCCUUUAUCCUAGCGGUGCUACGGGUGAUGUCACCCCGGAAGAGCGACAAUAUCGUUGGGGAUUUCUUGUUGGGCCCAAAGCAGAGAAAUCGAAGGAGGUUCCGGGCACGCGCUACCACGUCAAGAACAGCAUAGUCACGGGCUGGAAUUAUGAGGAACUGAGUUUAAGAGAUGUUCAAAACACGACUACACUACUCGCACGACUUUUAAUUGCCAAGAUCGAGGAUGACGAGCGCUUGAAAGAAGUGUUCAGAACAACUCCCUUCGUCCAGAACGACCCGAAUUGGAGAUGUCGGACGUGGGUCGAGCAGGUUUUAGCUCGUAUAAUCAGUGACGGCGGAAUUGUCGGGACUUCUCAACUGGAUUGGCGCGCGAUUGAGCAGACUGGGAGAGACUUGGAACAUGCUUAA